CAUUACAGCGGGAGGUCAGUUUCGUGUUGAUGGUUGCUAAAGGUGGCUGACAUUACAUUUGUGAUCACACUUAGAAGGUAGCUGGAAUCAGGUGCGAAUGUGUCCCAACUCAGAACUCAGGCAGUGAAUGCAAAAGUUGUACCAGAACUGCGAAUAUUUCGAGUUGGGAAAAGUCCAUACGAUGGAGGGACACAAACUUAAACUGUUUUGGGUGAUCUUGUUUUCGAUAAUAUUUAUGAAAGCAACUGCUCUAAGGUGCUUUCGAUGUAACAGCUUUGACAGUCCAGAGUGUCUCAACAUAAAAUCGUUCACUCACCCGAAGAAUCAGAACGAACCGGUUCAGAAUCUAUCCAGCUCGAUCUACCAACUGCAGGAAUGUGGUCCGGAUGAAAAAGGGCGUGAACCGUUUUGCAGGAAAUAUUCGAUCAAUGUUUUACUGAACGACCACAAACGGGUUGUUCGAGAUUGCGGCUACGAACGGUCCAAAAGUGAUUGCUACAUGGCGGACAAUGAUGACCACCUGGAAACGGUAUGCCAGUGUUGGACGGAUGGCUGCAACGGGAGCGCUACGAUGCAUCUGAAGCACGCAGUUCUGUACACGGUUAUCGUAUUAAAGUUAUGGAUUAUAUAAAAGUACUCCAUAGUUAAUGAAUAAUACCAUGUAGUUUAAUACAUUGAUUUGAUUUGAAAUUCCCCAUUGUUAAUUCAUUUGAGAUGCAUUUUUAUUGAAUUUUAAAUAAAUAAUCUAAACAAAUUUUAAAAAAGGAUAUCAAAUUGAAGUUAUUUAUUUUAUGUAUUGUAAUAAAGGGUGUGUCACAUCAAAUUGCAUCACGG